AGUAAUCUGUAAUCUAGUUGAACUCGUCAUAACAAAACUACAGUCGUCAGCAGGAGGACUUUUUCCAAGAAACCUCUUGCGAUUUAAAAUAGCUUUAUGAUUGAUUGAACCAUUAAUAGACUACCGCAACUUAUUCAGCGCUCUAGCUAGACAUCGAAAGAGAGAAGCUCGAAGAUGCUAACCUGGAAUCGAUUAUCGCUGCGAAUAAUUGCGAUUCAGUUAAUCCUGGCGACGACGUUGUCUGGAUUCGUUCGAGGAAAGGUGUUCCAGAAAUGUCCCCUCGCUAAAGCGCUGGAUGCACAGCAAAUUUCCCGAACGCUCAUUUCAAAUUGGGUUUGUAUGGCAAACGCAGAAAGUGCUUUCGACACUACCAAGAAAGUAACACUGGAUAAUCGCAGCACGAGCUUUGGGAUCUUCCAAAUCAACAGUAAAGAUUGGUGCCGGGAAGGUCGCAAGGGAGGAAACUGCAACAAAAAAUGCGAAGACUUCCUAGACGAUGAUAUCAGCGAUGACAUUGAGUGUGCCAAGCUGAUUCAUAAGGAUAAAGGAUUCUCGUACUGGAACGGCUGGACUAGCAAAUGCAAACAGAAACCCCUGCCGGAUAUUUUCAACUGUUGGAAUUGAGUCGAGGGGGGUUCUGGAAUUUCACUGCGGUUUUAUGAGCAUGUUAGUUGAAAUAUAUGGUUGAAGACAGAGAAUAAA